AAACUAUUGGCGCCGAUUUGCAGUGUUUUCUUAUCAUAUAAAAACAAAGAAAGAACAGAAAAACAAAACAUUAACUUUCGUUCCUAGGAUUCGACAAAGAAGAUUGAAUUAUUUCGAUUGACGUAAAAAACCUCAAGGUAUCGAGGAAUUAAUUAAGAGUAGAGUUUCGGUUUUUAAAAGAAUUAACCGGUUUUGAAUGUAAACAAAAAUGAUGUGUAGUGAAGAAGUACGCGAUAAAAAAAUAAUCAACUCUAGAGUCUUGACUAUGAUCAUCAUAACAUCUGUUGAAGCUAAUCAGAUAAUAAAGUCCAUAUGAGCACGUCAUAGCAUACAUAAAAGGAAGAAAUGGAAGCUGCUUCUGCUUUAAAUUCUGUUGAGGAAGCUGUUAGAAGAUUUUCUCUAACAACCAAAACUAGUGUGAAAGGUGCAGGUCAAAAAACUCCUCUGAUAUUUAAAAGAGAGAAUCCACUUAGAGAGCAAUUUUCUGAGCUGAAUGAUAAAUGCAGUGACAGUAUUGUGGAACAAACUCAACUUUCUGUGUUAUCCAAUGAAGUGACUGCCAAUGGAAACAAUAUUUCACCGCACGAGAAACAAAAUAAAAGUGGGAUGACUCUAAAAAAAUUUAAAAUUUUAGCGGCUAUUUUUUAUGGAAAUUUAUUUCUUGGAAGUUGUUAUUCCUUAAUGGCUCCUAUAUAUCCAGCAGAGGCAGAAAGGAAGCAUUGUACUGCCAGUGCUUAUGGAUUAGUGUUUGGUGUUUAUCAACUUAUGAUGUCUAUAUCAGCUCCUAUUUAUGGCAAAAUUAUUGUUGUCCUAAAACCUGGUUUCAUGAUGAAAGUAGGAAUGUUUGUGUCCGGUGUUUGUGUCAUUCUUUUUAGUUUCAUGCAUUACGCCCCUUCAGGGAACAGUUUCAUUGCCUUAUCUAUGCUUGUGCGGGCAGUUGAUGCAUUAGGAGCAUCAGCCUUUUUGACAGCUUCCUAUACAACAUUGGGGUGCGAACUACCUGAUAUAAUUGGUCGUGCUAUGGCAAUCAUAGAAACAGCUUUUUCCUUUGGACUUGCUAUUGGACCAGUUAUUGGUGGCAUGCUGUUUCAGGUUGGAGGUUUCAGUCUUCCUUUUUUAGUUGUUGGUGGUCUACUUUUAACAGGAACAGUUGUAAAUAUUUUCCUCUUCAAAGACGUCGAUGAUGUUCCUCCACAAUCAAUUAGAGCCAGAGAUUUAAUAAAAGAUAUCGAUUUCCAAAUAGAUAUCCUAGUAAUUAUGUUAUGCUUUGCCAUGUUAGGAUUUAACGAAGCAACUCUAGAGCCUCAUAUUCGACAAUUUAACUUCAGUCCAACUAUAGUGGGAUGCAUAUUUCUAAUCGAAGGAGUAGUUGAUGCAGUUAUCGCUCCUAUUUGGGGUUUAUUUGCUGAAAGAGUGCCUAAUGCCCAGUGCCUAACAAUUUUUGGAGCUUUGGCAUUUAUUGUUGCUUUCAUCAUCAUUGGUCCUUUACCUUUUUUCAAUAUCCAUACACAAUUAUCACUUGUGAUAGUAUCCCAAGUCUUAAUAGGUAUUGGAAUGGCUGGUGAAAUUGUGUGUUCCUUUACUCAUGGAAUGAAACAUACUGUUGAGCGGGGCUUUCCAGAUAAUGUUGGAACAUAUGGUUUAGUUUCUGGAAUUCUAUUCUCCGUUUCCUGCUUUGGUGCCUUUUUUGGACCUUCAAUUGGUGGCUUUUUAAUUGAUAGCGUCGGUUAUGAAUAUGCAACUUUUGUAGUUGUCAUCGGACAAUCUGCAGUGACUGUGAUUCUUGUUUCGAGGUUACUUUACAAGAGAAAAACCAGAAAUAAAAAGCCAGAAGGAGAGAAAGUAGGACUGUGAUGAAAUUAUUCUUUCAAAGCUUCAUUACUAUUCAUAGAAGUUACUCAGUGCCUAAAUUAUUUUUUGAGAAACCUCUUGUAUUUAGAUAUUUACAUUUCAUCCUUCAGAUACAUUUAAACUAUUUUUAAUAAAGUUUCAAAAUCUCA